CAGGUUGGUUAAGAAAGGAACCAUUCCGGGACAAGGACGCAUGGGUGAGGAAGGUCAGGUUCAGGAACUCUAACUCCUUGCCACUCAAGAAAUGUCCUCCCUUUCAGAAUAUGCCUUGCGCAUGUCUCAUCUCAGUGCUCGGCUAUUUGGUGAAGUCGCCAGGCCUACUGAUUCCAAGUCUAUGAAAGUGGUGAAACUGUUCAGUGAACUGCCCUUGGCCAAGAAGAAGGAGACUUACGAUUGGUAUCCAGAUCACCACAUUUACUCUGGACUCAUGCGGACACUCCGACUUCUGGGACUCUACAGAGAUGAGCAUCAGGAUUUUAUGGAUGAGCAAAAACGACUAAAGAACCUUCGUGGAAAGGGGAAACCAAAGAAAGGAGAAGGGAAAAGAGCAGCAAAAAAGAAGUAAUGUUGGUCCCUCAAGAGGGAGAAUUUCUUCCUCAGUGACAGAGAGAAAAAGUGCAUUUAUUGUCUUUCCACAUAUUGGAGGAAUGUCAUCUUCCUAAAUGAAGGUUAUUUGGAGGAACACAGUUGUAUCCUUGUUGAAAUCUAAUCCAGUUAAAUUGUAGCUGGUUUCUUGAACACAUUCUAACUGUGCAAAAUUAUUUUGGCCUUGGUCAUGUUAUGUGAUGUUUACCUAGUUCUCUAAUGAAAUGAAUAAAUAAGUAAAAAAAAAAAAAGAAAGAACCAUUAAUUUGACAAAAAGAGUUAUCCUAAACUAUGACAAGUUUUCCAGUAUUUAAUUCUUUUUACAAUUAUUUUUUUGAAUGGCAAAUAAAAUUGUAUAUAUGUUGUGUAAAACCUGUUUAGAAAUAAGUAGGUUGUGGAAUGAUUCAAUUGCACUCAGGAUCAAACACAUACUUGUUUUUUGUGGUGAGAACACUUCUUGAUUUUCUUUUUUUAUUGAGACGGAGUUUCGCUCAUUACCCAGGCUGGAGUGCAAUGGCGCGAUCUCGGCUCACCGCAACCUCCACCUCCUGGGUUCAGGCAAUUCUCCUGCCUCAGCCUCCUGAGUAGCUGGAAUUACAGGCAUGCGCCACCAUGCCCAGCUAAUUUUUUUUUUUUUUUUUCGUAGAGAUGGGGUUUCACCAUGUUGACCAGGAUGGUCUCGAUCUCUUGACCUCGUGAUCCACCUGCCUUGGCCUCCCAAAGUGCUGAGAUUACAGGCGUGUGCUGGGAUUACAGAGUUAACUGUGAAACAGUCUCGGGCAGGUCCUUCAGGAGGUUUCCACAAGAAGGCAUUUUUAUCAAGAUGACAGCUCCAUGCCUGUUACUGCCCCUGAAGACCUUCCAGUGGGACAAGAUGCAGAGGCAGAGGAGAGUGAUAUUGAUGAUCCUGAUCCUGCUUAGACUUAGGUGAAUGUGUGUGUUCGUGUCUUGGUUUUUAACAAAAAAGGUUUUAAAAGUAAAAUAAAUAAAUUAAUUUAAAAGUCUUGUAAAAUAAAAUUAUAAAGAAACAAA